GCCGCAACUGUCAAAUUAUAAAAAAAAAAUUCGAUUUGUUUAUUCUUUAAAGUGCUUGUAAUUUUAAACUUUACUAUGUAAUUUAAAACAGAGGAGAUGAUUUUAAGGGUUAAAAGUGAAAUGUUGAGUAUUUUGGCACAUUAAUAAGUAUAUACAUGCAUAAAUCAUUGUAUAUAUAGUUUAUUGAUUUUUGAAGCCAAUAAUGCGAAAGACUAAAAUCUAGUUAUCAUAUAAAAUAAAAUCAUGGAAACAUCUGAAGAAUACAUAAAAACCCUGAUAAAAACCGAAGACGAAAUCGAUAGCAGUUACGAUGAAAACUAUGAAAUUAGUCCUGAAGAUUUAGAAAAGGAAUUUAACAAUGAAUUUAGAGAGGAAAAAAACGUUAAACAACUUUUGCUUAACAACACCACUGUAUACAAAUGCCAAAUGUGUUCUGAGGAAUUCCAGGACUUUCCCACGUUCAAAGAACACAGGCGUCAACAUUACAUUGAGAAAAGACGAUGUCAUAUCUGCCAAAUUGUGUGUCAGAGUUUUGUAAAGUUGGAAGACCAUAUUAAUGUUCAUCUGGGAAGAAAACCUCAUAAAUGUAACAUUUGUGGAAAGUGUUUUGUGGCUGAGAAUCAUGUGAGAUUGCACAGUAGAGUACAUAGCGAUGAAAAGAAGUACAAGUGCGAUAAGUGUGAUAAGGCUUUUAGGGAUUUGGGAACAUUAAGACAGCAUGGAUUGGUUCAUUUAAAUAUUGAGGAGUUUAAGUGUAAAGUUUGCGGAGAAGACUGCAAGAUGCUGACCAACCUAAAAAAACACAUGCUUACCAAACACCCCGAUAAAACCCCUCGAAAGUGCGGCAUUUGCUCCUCCCAGUUCGAAACCGAUCGUCAAUUUGAAAGCCAUCUGAAAACUCACAAGGAGCUCACCUACCCAUGCGAGUAUUGUCAAAAAAUAUUCCCCACCCUCUACAAACUAAAAAAACAUGUUGGCCGUGCCCACUUACCCAACCACUGCGACGAUUGCGACAAGAUUUUUUACGACAGAAGCGAGUUUACUAAACACAAAAAAACUCAUGCCGAAGAAAAAAGUAAUUUGACUUGCGAGGUUUGCAGUAAGAGUUUCGAUAAAGUGAAAAAUCUUACCGAGCACGUUAGGUUGCAACAUAAAGCCGACGGCAAGGAAAAUAAAUGCCAUAUAUGUGGAAAAGCCUUUAUUAACUACUCGUUGCUAAGAAAUCACGUUAAAACUCACAACAAAUGCUUUCAGUGCAAUUUUUGCGACCUGGUUUUCAGCUCAAGAUAUAAUCUGGAAACUCAUUCCGUGGUUCACACGAAAAUAAGAAAUUUUGUGUGUGAGGUUUGUAAGAAAAGUUACACAACCAAAACCUGUCUGAAAAACCACCUUGCUACUCAUAAAGAGGAACGGGACUUCGAAUGCGAUUUAUGCGGGAAAAGAUUUAAAACCAAUCGUAGAUUGUACGUGCACAAAUUUUGUCACCAGACCGAAGAAAAAUAUUCAUGUGAAAUAUGCAACGCCAAAUUUCGAGUGAAGCAAUACCUGAAAUUCCACAUGAACAAACACAACAAUGAGAAAAAAUUUCAGUGCGAGAUUUGCUUAAAAAAAUUUAAACACAAAAAAACACAUUUAAAGCAUAUGAAAAUUGGAAAACAUAAAAUUAAUUUUGAUUGCGAUUUUUGUGAUGAGUCUUUUAAAGAUAGAGAUAAACUUUUAGACCAUUACGAUAAAAACCAUGAAGAAGAUAUGGAAGAAGAGUCUAGCGAUGAUAAUAGUGAUGGAAAAGUGGUUGGUAAUUAUGAAAAAGUUAGAGUCAAAAAUGAAAUAAAGACGGAAAAUGAAAUGGAAGAAGAGUCUAGCGAUGAUAAUAGUUAUGAAAAAGUGGUUGAUAAUUAUGAAAAAGUUAGAGUCAAAAAUGAAAUAAAAACUGAAAAAUAUGAAGAAGAUAGCAAUGAUGUAAUGGAAGUAGAACCGAUUAGUUCUGUUAUAAUAAAACAGGAGCGUCAAGCGUUUAAAUUAGAAACACAUUGAGAUAAAUAUAAAAAAUGCAUCGAAUCUUCCAAAUAGCUAGUCUCGUUUAAACUUGAUAAUUGUUUUAAAAAGUAUCCAAUGAUAUAGUUUUUUGGACUGAUUUAAAUUAAUAUUUCAUAAUUGUUUUAAAAAGUAUUUAAUGAGGUAGUUUUUAAUUUAUUGAACUGAUUUAAUGUGGCAUUUUCUAUGUGUAGUAGAUAUUAAUCUUUUUUUGUGAUAUUUUUACUAGUUCCUUAGAUCUAUUGUUGUGAUUUAUAAUUAAUUUAUUAUUAAAAGAUAACUAAAAC